UUAUGCACCCACCAAACUCUUCUUCUUCUUCUUCUUCUUUCGUUCUUCUUCCUUUCUUCGAAUCGAAAAUAUGGCAAAGAUUCGCAUCGGAAUCAUGGUUUUGAUCGAUAUUUGGUGUCUUGCGAUUUUCGUUGAAUCGUUUUCGCCGUCGGCGGUAACCAACGGGCAUGCUACGUUCUAUGGAGGCAGUGACGCUUCUGGAACAAUGGGAGGGGCAUGUGGAUACGGAAACCUGUACUCGACAGGGUACGGAACGAUGACGGCGGCGUUGAGCACGGCUUUGUUCAACAACGGAGCAUCCUGCGGUGAGUGUUAUAAGAUCACGUGCGACUCCUCCUCCGAUCCUCGUUGGUGUAAGAAAGGAGCUUUCGUGAUCGUCACGGCAACCAAUUUCUGCCCUCCCAAUUUCGAUCUCCCCAACAAUGCCGGCGGCUGGUGCAAUCCGCCACUCAAACACUUCGACAUGGCCCAACCCGCCUGGGAAAAGAUCGGUAUCUAUCGCGGCGGCAUCAUUCCCGUCCUCUUCCAAAGAGUUCCGUGUUACAAGAAGGGAGGAGUGAGAUUCACAAUAAACGGAAGAGACUACUUCGAGCUGGUAACGAUCUCCAACGUUGGAGGAGCUGGUUCCAUAACUUCUGUCUCAAUCAGAGGAUCUAAGACAGGUUGGUUGAAGAUGUCCCGAAACUGGGGGGCCAAUUGGCAGUCCAACGCUUUCCUCAACGGCCAAUCACUCUCGUUCUCUGUCACCACCACCGAUGGCCAAACCCUAAUCUUCAACGACGUCGUUCCUUCGUCUUGGUCGUUCGGACAGUCUUACUCUACCGACAUUCAGUUCAAAUGAACAUACAAAAAAAAAUUGUGUUUUUUUUUGGAUUGAUUAUGUUCCGUUUGAUGGUUACGUAGCGUUUUAGGGCAGUGGUCGCGCUCUUGGGUUUGUUUGUUUUUGAUGGAGUGACCCGCCCGGUUCUUUUUUUUUUUUUAUUUUAAAAUUUUAUGAUGUGGAUGGAUACUUUUUUUUUUUGAAUAUGUGGAUGGAUACUUGAUUUGUCUCGUAAAUGAAUAGAAAAAAAAAGCAUCUAUCUAUGUGAA